AAAGAGGCUUGGGAAGGAAACAGCAGAAAAGAAACUGCUCAUUUUACUUACAGAGAGGCAAGUAACGGUGGAGAUAAUGACAGAGGGAGACAAGACUAUGAAAGCCAAAAAACACAAAUAGAGUGAAAGAGGGGGAAAAUGUCAAGAAGAACAUUCACCCGGAGAAAUGAAGAGAAUGAAAGUUUUAUGCUGCAGAGCCCUUCUAUGCUGUUCCGGCACAACAUUGUCUCGCUGUUUUUAAGCAAUUUUGCAUUUGCUAGCCGUUGACAUUAAGAGGCAUGUUCAGCGGUGCCAGCAGCAUCUCCACUUCCUUCUCCUCUUCCUCUUCAUCUUCCUCCUCCUCCUCCUCCUUUUCCUCCUCCUCAUUCUCCUCCCAUCAGCAAGAAGACAAACCGAGGACAGUCUUGAAAUAUCGAAAUUUCCUCUUUGGGAUUUGCCAGCGCCGCGUUGCGCCAAGACUGUCGGAAUAAAGGACGCUGACUACUGUAUUAUCGUUAUUUUAUUAAUUGGUCAGUGGGAAGAUUACAGAUGAGGAAAGGGGAUGCCUGUCACCCUUCCUGUGCUAAGAUUGAAAAAUGAGGCUGGAUUGGGGGAAGCUCUAAAAUGAAGCAAAAGGAUUAAGAUUUUUUAAAGACAGAGUACCACAGGAGCCCCCCUCCCAAAUAGCACACUUUUAUUUGUAUUUUUUUUUUUAGAUUUUUUUUUUUCCGUGGUGGUGGGGGAGGUGACUGGGUGGCUGACUGGCUGCGGGAAGCUACUUCCUUUCCUUUUGGAGAUGAUUGUGCUAUUAUUCUUUGCCUUGCUCUGGAUGGUGGAAGGAGUCUUUUCCCAGCUUCACUACACGGUGCAGGAGGAGCAGGAACAUGGCACUUUCGUGGGGAAUAUCGCUGAAGAUCUGGGCUUGGACAUUACAAAACUUUCGGCUCGUAGGUUUCAGACGGUGCCCAACUCACGGACCCCUUACUUGGACCUCAACCUGGAGACCGGGGUGCUGUACGUGAACGAGAAGAUCGACCGCGAGCAGAUCUGCAAGCAGAGCCCCUCCUGUGUCCUGCACCUGGAGGUCUUUUUGGAGAACCCUCUGGAGCUGUUCCGGGUGGAGAUCGAGGUGCUGGACAUUAAUGACAACCCCCCCUCUUUCCCGGAGCCGGACCUGACAGUGGAGAUCUCUGAGAGCGCCACGCCGGGCACCCGCUUCCCGCUGGAGAGUGCGUUCGACCCAGACGUGGGCACCAACUCCUUGCGCGACUACGAGAUAACCCCCAACAGCUACUUCUCCCUGGACGUGCAGACCCAGGGUGAUGGCAACCGAUUCGCCGAGCGCCACCCGGUUCGCCGAAGGGGGUGGGAAAAGCCACUGGACCGAGAGCAGCAAGCGGUGCACCGCUACGUGCUGACCGCGGUGGACGGGGGAGGAGGGGGAGGAGGAGAAGGAGGGGGAGGCGGAGGGGGAGCGGGCCUGCCCCCCCAGCAGCAGCGCACCGGCACGGCCCUACUCACCAUCCGAGUGCUGGACUCCAACGACAAUGUGCCCGCUUUCGACCAACCCGUCUACACUGUGUCCCUCCCAGAGAACUCGCCCCCAGGCACGCUCGUGAUCCAGCUCAACGCCACAGACCCGGACGAGGGCCAGAACGGUGAGGUCGUGUACUCUUUCAGCAGCCACAUCUCACCCCGGGCGCGGGAGCUCUUCGGACUGUCGCCGCGCACCGGCCGGCUGGAAGUGAGCGGCGAGCUGGACUACGAAGAGAGCCCGGUGUACCAAGUGUACGUACAAGCCAAGGACCUGGGCCCCAACGCCGUGCCCGCGCACUGCAAGGUGCUGGUGCGAGUGCUGGAUGCUAACGACAACGCGCCCGAGAUCAGCUUCAGCACCGUGAAGGAGGCGGUGAGCGAGGGCGCGGCGCCUGGCACGGUGGUGGCCCUGUUCAGCGUGACUGACCGCGACUCGGAGGAGAAUGGCCAGGUGCAGUGCGAGCUGCUGGGGGACGUGCCGUUCCGCCUCAAGUCUUCCUUCAAGAAUUACUACACCAUCGUGACCGAGGCCCCCCUGGACCGAGAGGCGGGGGACUCCUACACGCUGACAGUGGUGGCUCGGGACCGGGGCGAGCCGGCGCUCUCCACCAGUAAGUCGAUCCAGGUGCAAGUGUCGGAUGUCAACGACAACGCGCCGCGCUUCAGCCAGCCGGUCUACGACGUGUAUGUGACCGAGAACAACGUGCCAGGCGCCUAUAUCUACGCGGUGAGCGCCACCGACCGCGACGAGGGCGCCAACGCCCAGCUAGCCUACUCGAUCCUGGAGUGCCAGAUCCAGGGCAUGAGCGUCUUCACCUACGUGUCCAUCAACUCCGAGAACGGCUACUUGUACGCCCUGCGCUCCUUCGACUACGAGCAGCUUAAGGACUUCAGCUUUCAGGUGGAAGCCCGGGACGCCGGCAGCCCCCAGGCGCUGGCAGGCAACGCCACCGUCAACAUCCUCAUAGUGGAUCAGAACGACAACGCCCCUGCCAUCGUGGCGCCCCUCCCGGGGCGCAACGGGACUCCAGCUCGCGAGGUGCUGCCCCGCUCGGCGGAGCCAGGUUACCUGCUCACUCGCGUGGCCGCCGUGGACGCGGACGACGGCGAGAACGCCCGGCUCACCUACAGCAUCGUACGGGGCAACGAAAUGAACCUUUUCCGCAUGGACUGGCGCACCGGGGAGCUCCGCACAGCGCGCAGGGUGCCGGCCAAGCGCGACCCCCAGCGGCCUUAUGAGCUGGUGAUCGAGGUGCGCGACCACGGGCAGCCGCCCCUGUCCUCCACCGGCACCUUGGUGGUUCAGCUGGUGGACGGCGCCGUGGAGCCCCAGGGCGGGGGCGGGGGCGGAGGCGGAGGGUCAGGGGAGCACCAGCGCCCCAGUCGCUCGGGCGGCGGGGAAACUUCGCUAGACCUCACCCUCAUCCUCAUCAUCGCCCUGGGCUCAGUGUCCUUCAUCUUCCUGCUGGCCAUGAUCGUGCUGGCCGUCCGUUGCCAAAAAGAGAAGAAGCUCAACAUCUACACGUGUCUGGCCAGCGACUGCUGCCUCUGCUGCUGCUGCUGCGGUGGGGGGGGUUCGACCUGCUGCGGCCGCCAAGCCCGGGCGCGCAAGAAGAAACUCAGCAAGUCGGACAUUAUGCUGGUGCAGAGCUCCAAUGUGCCCAGCAACCCAGCCCAGGUGCCGGUGGAGGAGUCCGGGGGCUUCGGCUCCCACCACCACAACCAGAAUUACUGCUACCAAGUCUGCCUGACCCCAGAGUCCGCCAAGACCGACCUGAUGUUCCUUAAGCCCUGCAGCCCUUCGCGGAGUACGGACACUGAGCACAACCCCUGCGGGGCCAUCGUCACCGGUUACACAGACCAGCAGCCCGACAUCAUCUCCAACGGAAGCAUUUUGUCCACCGAGACUAAACAUCAGCGAGCAGAGCUCAGCUAUCUAGUUGACAGACCUCGCCGAGUUAACAGUUCUGCAUUCCAGGAAGCCGACAUAGUAAGCUCUAAGGACAGUGGUCACGGGGACAGUGAACAGGGAGACAGUGAUCACGAUGCUACCAAUCGCGGCCAGUCAGCUGGUAUGGAUCUCUUCUCCAACUGCACCGAGGAAUGUAAAGCGCUGGGCCACUCAGAUCGAUGCUGGAUGCCUUCCUUUGUCCCUUCUGAUGGACGCCAGGCUGCCGAUUAUCGCAGCAAUCUUCACGUUCCCGGCAUGGACUCUGUUCCAGACACUGAGGUGUUUGAAACUCCAGAAGCCCAGCCUGGGGCGGAGCGGUCCUUCUCCACCUUUGGCAAAGAGAAGGCCCUUCACAGCACUCUGGAGAGGAAGGAGCUGGACGGACUGCUGUCUAAUACACGAGCGCCUUACAAACCACCAUAUUUGACACGGAAAAGGAUAUGCUAGUCAAUUCUACAGGAUUUACCUGAAGCAGCAUGAUUUGCACAAAGUCGACCAACACAAAGCAUCAACUUUUCAACUUCAUUAUCUUGGCCAUCCAGUUAGUUGUGUGUAACUGAGUAUUAGAUUUCCGGCGGAGUCAUCGUGGCCAAUUAUAGGACCUAAUUGCUCUCAGCAGGCCUGAGAAAUGAGUUGAAAUGUGCAGAACUGUAGAAACUUCAGAGGCAACUGAUUUUGCCUCUCCGAUCAGUGUGUGCCUGUUUACAGCACUAUGUAUCUUCUCUCUCCAAAUGUCACUGAGCCCUUUAGAUGUUUAUAUUCACCACAAGAAGCCAGUCAUAAAGAUAAAGGAAAUUUGUGCAUUAUAAAUGCAAUAUCACUGUUUUAAACUUGACUGUUUUAUAUUAUUUUUGUGUGAUCAAGUGUUCCCCAAACUAUUCCAACUUUACAAGAGAGAUUGUGAUUAUGUUCUUUUCACCUGUGGGUUAUAAAAACAAAAAAAAAAAUGUUGUAUUCUGAAGACCCACAAAAUAUCAAAGACAUUCUGUAGUUUAUACACCGUGUUGCAAAGUGUUUACUGUACUAUUUCAAAGCUUCUAAAUAAAUAUAAAAUAUAUAUAUUAUAUUAUAUAAUUUUCCUAAAAUGUGGUACAACUAAGUUGGUUUUUAAAUGGAUUCAUACGGUCCACAUCAUACAAUAAAGUAAAAGGUAAUUCAGGGUCCCAAAGAUAAACUUACUAAGAAAAAAAAAAUUAUUAGCAGUUUCCUCCCAGUUUUCAUAUCUUACAUUCAACCCUGUUUUUCCUUGUUUAAAAGAAAAUGAAGCUCUGAGCUACAAAAUUUCGUCAAGAACUCCUACUGAAUUUUCAAUGCCAAAGAUGUAGCUGUUAAUGUUAUCAGACAGAGCACUGAUUAUGUACAAUCAAAAUAUCUAACAAUCUACAUUAUUCUGAUAUUAUUCUGAUUCUAUUUCUAUGGCUUUGAAUUUAGAAUCACUUAAAGCUUUUAUAAAGACUCUAUAAAUUCAUCUGUAUUUGUUGUUAGAAGAAAAACUGGGUGUCUGUACAUUUUGUGGUGUAAAUUAUGUAAUUGAAGAUUACUAUUUUAAGAAGUCCUCAAUCAUAUAAGUCAUGCAGAAUUUUAUUUUACAUAGUUUUACAUAGUUUUGUGACAUUAAUUACACGUGAGUCUGAAAGCUAUUUAUAACUCUAUAUAAAUAUAUAGAGACAUAUAAAUAUCUGAACUGGUAAAGAAUAACUAUCAGAUAUAAAGGAUCUCUAAAUUUAAAACAAAUUAAAUAAAUUUGGAGAUAGAAACAUGGUAUAUUAUUAUUUCAGUAUUAUGUGUGAAAAAUUUAUAGCUUAAAUGUAGUCAGUGUUUUGUUGAGAAAAUUUUUCACGGGUCAGUUGAAAAGUCUUUUACUUUCAUGUCAACAAGGUUAAUUAUUAAAUUCAGUAGAUGCAUUUUCUUUUUUUUACAUAUUUUUUCUACUGUUGUUUCUUGCUUGUUGAAACACAAUUAAGAAACAUAAAAAUCAGAGAAUGUGAGGUAAUCUGCCAAGCAUAAAACAGCAUUACAGUUCCCCUCCACAAAAGUCCCCAACAUUAUAUCAAAAGUCUGCCAGUACAAAUUAUAAACCUAUUUUGAAAUAAUUUUUAACUGAUACUAUGUUCAAUGAUAGUUUGAGCUGCACUGUGUUAUUAAAGAACAGACUAAAAUUGAACAAAUUCUCUCCAUCUAAUUUUCUGGAAUAAGUAGAAUUUUUCCCUUAGAUUUAAUAUUAACAUGAACAUGUAUAUUAAUAGAUCCUUGAUGUGUCCAUUUCGAGUGAUGUUUUGGUAUCACUCAUUUGUUAUCAAAUUAGAUACUAAUAUGUAAUAAUCUUAAUCAGUUUCUAUAUCAAAGUAAUGUCUGUAAUGUUCUGGUCUUGGGGGGCCCUUUAAAAAUAUAGGAAGUUAAUUGAUCAUAAAUAAUACAAAAAGCACAUACAUUGACUAAGUGUAGCAGUAACAUUCCUCAAACUUUGGCUUUACAUUAAUAUUUUGAACGGUAGAUCAUUUUAGUAAGAAAUUGUUUGUAUAUAAUUUAGCUAGAAAAAAAUGUUUGUUCUAAUUGCAUUAUAAGCAAGAACAUGAUUUUCUUCUUGAAUUGCUCUGCUUUAAUUAAAACUUUUCAUGCAUCAUUUUACAAUACUGGGAGAAAAUCCAUAUCCACCUUCCAUAUUAUGAGCAUUGAAAAUAAGGCUAUAUUCACUUUCUAUAAAAUAGCUACAUUAAUUAACUUGAUUUAAAGAAAUUUUCUUUAUUUAACUCUUUCUAUCAUUGCAUAUAAUUUUAUUUGAAUCGACUUUUUAUGCCAUCUAUGUAUGUGUUAGCUAUUUUUUAAUAUCUCAUAGUAAACAUUUGUAUUACUGUGCAUUUUAGUUCUUAAGUUAUAACAGCAAUCUACAAAAACCAAAACAAGAAAACUUUUACCUAAUUUGUGGGACAAAUAAAAUGAUUUAAACAUAGAGUGUUAAAUGAUUAGGUCAUUAAUCAACUUCCUAUUGAAUCCAGAAUAAAUAAAAAGUUACAACAACAUAAGAAUAUGAUUCUAGCAACUUGGCUAAAAUGCCAUUUACCAAUGAGGGGUACUCUAAGACGGAAAGUGAAAACAAUUGAUAAUGAAGGUCUUCAAGUAAAUGUUUACUAGAUUAGUAUGUUGAGCAAUUUUAGAAUAACUUUCUAUUAAUCUGGUCAUCCUAAUAGUCAAUCUUCCAUAGUUUUUAUACACAUCAAUGGAAAAUAAUAUCAAGCUUAUUAGAGAGUAUAUACCAACAAACUAUUUCAGAAAAGAAUAAUCAUGCCAUUUACUCCUUGUUAAUAUGGUUAGUUUUAGAACAGUAAAAGUCAAAAAAUUUUCCUGUGGAAAUGGUGUCUUAAUGUAUCAAAGGUAUGUCAAAAGACAAUUUUUAGAAAUAUUUCAUCUACACGUAAAGUUCUGAUUUUUAACUUGUGAAAAAAUUUUGUGACUUCAUUUGGAAUCAAAUAUUUAAAUAUCACAUCAGAAUUACUUUGCAGAUAUAGUGAUGUCAAUAAUAUAAGUGCAUCAUCUUUUCUUGAGAAAUAUGAAGGACAUAUGUAUCUUUUAUUUUAUGAAGAUUUUAAAUGCAAUGCCUUUAUCAAACAUUGCAAAUUAAGAGCAAGAGUGGAAAAUUUAAAUAUUUUAAUUAAUUGUUACGUUUUAUCUCUAAUUGUGUUACCAUUUGCCAUCAGAUGUUCUGUAAUAUAGUUUUCUUGCUUCUCUAAUAAGAGAAGGAAAAAAAUAUCCUCACCAUUUUGGACGUAAUCUCUAGUAACUGUACACUAAUUAUACCACUUUGCUUUCCAAAGUUAUUUGCUGAAAUUCAGUUAAUAUCUAAUAUAAAUACUCAAGCCAGAAAAUAGCAAAUAUUAAGCAGGAUAAAGAAAAGCAUUUAUGUUAUUGACUGAUCAUAGCACUGUUAUUUGUCAUUGCAUGUGUUUUUCUUUCCCUGUCCUAUUUCUAGGUGUGCUAUUAAUCCCCAAGGAACUCAAAAAUACUUAAACCAUUGAUAUACUUGACAAUUUUUCUGAAAAAUAUUAUAUUUUUCAUAUUGCAAUUUCUUGGGUUCUUUAUCUUUUUCAACUCUAAUUUUGUAGUGGUAAAGGCUUUGCACUUAACAUCCUUUUUAUGUUCCUUUUUAACAAGGAAAAACAGAAAAGACAAAAUUCCAUAUUUUUUACACCAUGGAGUAGUGAGAUUAUUUUAUAUAUUAUUAGUAUGUCAAGGAAUAUCCCUCUGCUAAGUCAAACAAAAUCCUUAUACAGUAAUUUGUGAAACUGUUCAGUAGAGUAUUUUUUUUUUCUUUCACAAACUUGGCAUAGGUUUUAGAUCAUGGUAUUCUGUCAGAAUGCCGGUAGAUGGGUGCCGCCAGAGUAUUGCAGGCAAUAAUAUGAAUAAGAUUCUAAUAUCUUUAGCGUGCAUGCAUGUAUUUCUAAUCACUGUUAUUUUUAAAGUAUUUGUAAAGUUAGAAAAAUGGCUUUUAUUUCUUGAAAACUUGUCACAUGCUUAGUUUACAGUUUUACUCUCCAGAUGUUUUUGAGUUGUGUGAAAAUACUGCAUCCACGGAUGCGAGAAAUAUUAAAUUUUCACCUGAGACUCAAAAAUUUCUGAAUGAUAGAACUCAGACUUUCAAAACAUCCCUACAUUUCUGAGCUGAAAGUAAGCAGGGAAUUUCAGCUCUAAACACCUUUUUGAGACAGUUAUCUGUGAGUGAAAACAGGGUAUUAUAACAAAAGAUGAGUUUUGAUCUUAACUAUAGUGUUUGUUACUGUGAAUGCUCUAAGAAUACAUACGUAAAUGAGUGUAAAUGUAAUAUAUUAUUUUAUACUGCUGUAUACAUACGAAAUAAAUAAAACUAGGAUACAUAUUAUGCCAAUUUUCCAUGCAUGGAUCUUCCACUGACGCCUGUGGGAGCUUUGAAUAAAAAUCAGUGGCAAAACAUGGCCCUAAGUUUAAAAACAACUAAUGCUGAUUUAGUAAUUUUAGUCUUAAUAUAACAGGUCUAUGGGGACAUCUGUUCCAAACCGAGUCUCACUUGGAGCAACAUAUGCUAGAUCUUAAAUGAUUUCACUAUAUUUAUCAUUUUGAGGUGCAUUUAAUUGCAUAUGAUUUUCAUGAUGCCCACAAUGGAUCUUCUAAGUAUAUAUUUUUCCACAUGCUGCUGUUUUCUCUUUUUCUCUUUUUUACUUAUAGUAUUUACUGAGGGG